AUGUCCAGCGACGGAUCAAAGGUCCCGCAUGCAGGCUAUCCAUGGGCGGGAUACAACAUACCGCCUGGUGACGGCGGCGGUUGCAUCAUGGAAGGCCCAUUCAAGGAUUUCAAGGUCAAUCUUGGGCCCUUGGUUCCUUUUCUCCCCGACCUCCCCGCAAACCCUCGCCCCGACGGCUUGGGCUACAACCCGCGCUGCCUCCGACGCGACAUCAACCGGGUCGCAGCCAACUUUUCCAACGAGCAGUACACGUACGACCUCAUCACAAAGGAGACAGACAUCUACUCGUUCCAGACUGUGAUGCAGGGCGACUUCAACAGCCUGAACAUUGGCGUACACGGAGGGGGCCACUUCAUGAUCGGGGGUGAUCCGGGCGGAGACUUUUACAUCUCGCCAGGAGACCCGUCUUUUUACCUGCAUCAUGCCAUGAUCGAUCGCGUCUGGUGGAUUUGGCAGCUGCGGAACUUGGACGCGAGACUGGAUGCCGUUGCCGGGUUGACGUUUCCAAGCGAUGGGUCUGGGGUCAAGAACGGGACGUUGGAUGAUCCAGUUGAUCUCAAUGUCAACGGGAAGGAAUACAGGCUAGGAGACUUGCUUGACACGAUGAACGGACCGUUCUGCUACAUCUACGUCUGA